AGUCGAAAACCUCUGUGCGGAAAAAGCAGAAAAUGCAGUAAGCCUAAUUCUCACCAAGGACGCUGUGAUUCUAGUAGAACUUUUCAUGCAUUCUGGAAGAGUUCAUCUUCACAUGUAGCUUUGAAAAGAAAAGGAGAGUUACAAGAACAAAACAAAAGGUUAUCACAGGACAUUGAAGCGAAAAAGGCUCGGCUGGAUGAAUAUGGUAAUAUUAUAACUUUGAGUGUUUUCUAAACGUGCAAAGGAUUUCAUUUUUACCACCAUGCUACUCUGAAGUUCGAACGGAAAAUUAAGUUAUGUAUGUACAACAUUCUGUUCCUUUAGUAUUUUAUUUACAUGUGAUUGCAAAAAAUGUUGAGAUCUAAUUUCUCUGUUUUUUUUUAAGAGGGACAAAUACAAACUUCUGUUGCUCAGAAAGAUGCAGUAGAAGAAGAGCUACAAAGCCUUCAAAAGAGUGUGGAAGAAAAGGAAGAUGAAGUAAAGCAACAAGAGGAAAAAGUAACACAAUUAAAUGAGCAAUAUCACAAAUUUAAAUCUCUGCUUGAACAAAAAGGCUUUUCAGUAGCUAGGAGAAAAAAUGCCAGUACAACUUGUGAUAUGAUUACAAAUGUCAAUUCCAGCACUAAGUACAGACGAAGACAGGAGACAAAAAAUGUAUUAGAAUUUAUUCAUGGGGGAAAGGAAGGGUCAAUAUAUGGGGCUUGGGAUUAUAUUUCAUCUACUGCUGACAAUCAAACCAUGGACACACUGAUUUCUGGACUUAAACGAGGGAAAUAUCUCCAGGGUCUGUUUGACAAGACAAUGAAAGGGUAUCAAAAUUCCGAUGAGGCUUUGAAACAAGCUGUUUUUAUGAAGUACCAGAACUUUCUGUCUCGCAGAAAGUAUGCCCUUGUCUGCAAAACUCAGUCUUCAGUUUUUGAUCCAAACUCUGAUCUAUGGGUACCCCGUAACAUAAAAUGUUUAGGUUUGGACUUAAGGGUGCCAAAUAUAGCUAUUUCUGACAAACGGGUGGAGAAUUUUGUGAGAAGUCUUGACAUUGGUCAUGUUAAUCAAAUUCCCAAUGCACCGGGUGUUUCCAGAACAAUAACUGGGUUGGUUUUUAUGAUAAUUGAUCUGCACCUUAGACUUCCCUAUUUAUUCCGUAAGCUAAUUUGGUUUAAUGACAACAUAAAUCAUUUCAUCAUGCAAUUUUCUGAUGAUGGGGCCCCUGAGUCAAGUCAGCUAACCAUGUCAAUUGGCAGCCUAACAUCAUGGAAUUUUGGGGACAGGGUGAGAAGCAGGGAUUUCCAGUACAUUUUACAUUGUGUCAGUCGGGGGGAGAAAGAUGAGGUGUUACAAAGUAUCUGGAAGCAACACACUGAUGAAAUGGAAAUGUUAGAGGGUAAUAUAUUUGUUGUUUCUAACAAGCAGUGUACUGUAGAGUUUCAGCCCAGUGCUGAUAUGAGCUGGCAAAGCUGGGCUAACAAUGAGUUGAAUCAAGCUGCCACUUACCCAUCUCCUUAUGCUAACGUAAGCAAAGGAAAUAUGUGUACUAUGGGUGCCACUAUUGGGAUGGGGGAGGAAGAUUUAUUCAAACCUUAUACUCUGGAGGUCAGAAAUUCCCAUGUUAAGAGGGUAAAUGAGUUUAUGAUUUCCCUGCCAUCUUCCCUGAAUGAAAAAAAUCGCCACUCUAGAAAACUACAGUUCAUGGCAGAGAAUGGGAUUCGCCAGUUAGGCACCCCCCGAAUUGGAAUUGGAAUUAAUGAUGGUGCUGGAGAACGAUCUACUAGGGUUGAUUUUGUUAAUGCCUCUAACCAAAAGUUUGUAUGUGACCUGGACAAUGCACUGUCAAGUAACCAUAAGGAAGAUUUUGGUGAACUUGGUCGUGGGUUGGGGUAUUUAGCUUCUGUGAUUAAGGAUCAUUAUAAUGAUGAAGCUCAGAGGCACAAGAAGCUUCCAGUACGGUUGAUAGGAGACCAGGCCAUUGCUUUGGCAAACUUUUCUUUUAGGCUCAUUGAUGCCCUCAAAGUCUUAGAUGAAUCCCCAGCCCAGAAACUAGAAAGAUUAGCGUUAGGAAAAAUUGCACAAUUCCUUAGGAAUGCUGGGGCUCUUUUUAACAAAAUUGAAGUUAGCCCUUCCUACCUUGGUGAGCUCACAGAAUUUUGUACACUUUAUUUUAAUUUACAUGCAUUAUUUUUUUCAUUAGAUGUUAAUGUAACUGUGUGGACAGUAGGGUAUGCCAUACCAUAUCAUGCAACUAAACUGUAUGAAAGUUACAAAGUGGGUUAUGGUAUAAUAUCAUUACAGGCAAAAGAGGCUAAACAUUCAGGGGUUAAAAAUGACUUGGAUUUGACAAACAGAUCCAAUAAAACAACUGAAAAAGGGAAAUGGUGGCAAGUCAUGAGAGCUAAUUAUGUAAGAGCAUUUUAUUUGCCAGAACAUCAACCAAUGCCAAGUUCUUAUACUUCUCGUUUUAAGUUUCGGCUUCCUUCUCAGCUAAAUUCAAGCAACUUUUGCAAUUGUGGAAGAGAAAAGGAAAUUAAUGAUUAUAUAUGCGAGGUAUGUGUAGAUGCCAGGGUGACUGUCCAGUGUGCAGAGGGACAGCAACUAAUACCUGAAGUACUUUCACCAUUAAAACCAGUCCUAUGCUCUGUAUGUAAUGAGAGAUUUCCUGAUACUGUAACAUACGAGGCUCAUAAAAGUGUUCACUUAUGCAGCAAACAGCCUGUUGGUCCAGCUACAAAUAGCCGUAAUCUAAACCCUAGAAAUAUGAAAGUAAGUGACCUAAAAAUGGAGUUGCAAAGUAGGCAAUUAAGCACUAGUGGAAACAAAGAUGUUCUUAUUAGACGCCUUGAGGGUACAUUAGCAAGUGAGACUAUAUAG